CCACCAGUCAGUUCUGGGAUGCUAUCGGCAGAGACGCAGCAUCUCAUCUUGGAAAGACUAAUCAUUCAGUCGUGUCGCCCGCUGCAGCAUCCUAUCCCUGUACCCUGCAGACUGCUGGUCCAGACAAAGGAACCCGUUUGUCUGUCUGUUUGCGUCUCGUUUUGUCAUUUUGAAAUUCACGAUCCUUGAAAUUCCCAGAUCGAUUUAAACGAGUGAGCUUCUCUGCCUUAAAGGAAGAAGAGGAGGAGGAGGGCGGCGCAAGGCAACAAUCUGAUCCUUCUGGCUCCAUCCAUUGUGCGCGUCACACAAUUGUUCUGCACGAGCUUUUCCCGCACGCACUCCACAGACCGUGGCUUUUGGAAGCCAGCGAGAGGGAGCACGCCUCCGGAACGCGCACGUCACUCCCGCACGAGCAUGAAAAUGAUGACAGGAGGCGCAGUCCAUCAAAACGGGAUUUUCUCCAAUUCUCAUCAUCACACGCAGCAGUCGCACAUGGAGUCGGACACCCCGGACUCCCGUAAGAGACCCCUGGAGACCCCCACUGAGGCGAGCAGCACCAAGCGUACGAAUACUGGAGAGGAAGGUGAAUACUUUUUGAAGGUCCUCAUCCCCAGUUACGCAGCUGGAUCCAUCAUUGGAAAAGGGGGCCAAACCAUUGUCCAACUGCAGAAAGAGACAGGGGCAACGAUCAAACUUUCAAAAUCAAAAGACUUUUAUCCAGGUGAGAAACAACGGACGCGGGUAUGUCUUAUCCAGGGAACUGUGGAAGCUCUCAACAAUGUCCAUAACUUCAUUGCAGAGAAAGUGCGCGAGAUGCCUCAGAGUGCACAGAAAACUGAGCCAGUCAGCAUCCUGCAGCCACAAACCACAGUCAACCCUGACCGCAUCAAACAAGCUAAACUCAUCGUUCCUAACAGCACUGCAGGUCUGAUUAUCGGCAAGGGCGGUGCCACAGUCAAGGCCAUCAUGGAGCAGUCUGGUGCAUGGGUGCAGCUAUCCCAGAAGCCUGAGGGCAUCAAUCUGCAGGAGAGAGUAGUCACCAUCAGUGGAGAGCCUGAACAGAACCGAAAAGCUGUAGAGAUCAUUGUACAGAAGAUCCAGGAGGACCCUCAGAGCAGCAGUUGUCUGAAUAUCAGCUACUCCAACAUUUCCGGCCCCGUGGCCAAUUCCAAUCCCACCGGUUCCCCCUAUGCCAACUCUGCUGAAGUGCUGCCUGCUGCUGCUGCCGCUGCCGCUACUGCUUCUAGCCUCCUAGGGCAGGCUAGUCUCGCUGGUGUGGGUGCCUUCCCUACAGCCAUGUCCAGCUUUUCAGGGAAUGAUCUUCUGGCUAUCACCUCAGCUCUCAACACUUUGGCAAGCUACGGAUACAAUACCAACUCUCUGGGCCUAGGCCUCAACCCGGCUGCUGCCUCUGGAGUUCUGGCUGCGGUGGCAGCAAGUGCCAACCCUGCAGCGGCUGCUGCUGCCAAUCUUUUGGCAUCUUACGCCAGCGAUGCCUCUGCCAGUGCUGGACCACAUGCAGGUGCUUUGGGCGGAUUCACCCUGGGCUCUUUGGCAGCUGCCACUGGAGCGACCAAUGGCUACCUCAGCGCCACCUCCCCCUUGAUGACCAGCUCCCUCCUCGCUACAGAGAAGUUGGCAGAAGGGGCAAAAGAUGUGGUAGAAAUUGCUGUUCCAGAAAACCUGGUGGGUGCCAUUCUGGGCAAAGGUGGGAAGACAUUGGUGGAAUAUCAGGAGUUAACAGGAGCCCGCAUUCAGAUCUCCAAAAAGGGCGAGUUUAUUCCUGGCACCCGGAACCGUAAAGUAACCAUCACCGGUUCACCUGCUGCCACCCAAGCUGCCCAGUAUCUCAUCAGCCAGAGGAUCACAUAUGAGCAGGGUGUGCGGGCCACAAACCCGCAAAAAGUAGGCUAAAGCCAGCAGUGCUGGGGUGGGGAAUAAAUAAGAAAUGGAGGCUGACCAGCGGGCGGUUAGCCUCACACUUUAGUAUUUUAAUGAGCGGACGAUCCCCUCAACAACCAAGGCAGGCAGCAAAUGUCUAUAUGUACAUAGGAUUUUUACUCCACAGGCCCCCACCCCGAGCUCCGCCUCCAAGCUCGCCCUCAUGUCCCAAGGACUGACUGGGCCCUCUUCUUUUGGACGUUGCCCCACCCCUCCUCUCUUCUGUAGCUUGCAGGAUGUGGUGCCCCCUCCCACUGCUGGGUGCCAAGGGGCCCUGGAUUCAGCACUUGUGCCUGCUCUUUUGUGCGACUCCCUACUGGUUUAUGGAAAUAGUUUUCUGUAAGUCACUUUCACUUUCUGCUAUUACAGGUGACAUUCAGCCCCAGGAGAGGGGUGUGGUGGCCGUCAUGCGCUACCACCAAAGGUUGGUCCUUCUCUCCACUGCUUGCACCAUACAUGUUCAAAGCUGCUUGCACUGAGCCACACGUCCAAAAAAGAACCCUGUGUUGACCCCAGCAUGAGGUUCUAUAACAGAGUCAAUUCUAACACAUAACCAUUGUUAGGGCACAAUGUUGUGAACCACCUGUCCCUCCCUCUGUGCUUGAAGAGGCAUCAUGUUCUGCCUACUUCUUCACGUUGCACAUACGUAAGCUCAGAGCGUUCUUUCCAAAAAAAGUCCCAGUUCCUAUGUCCCUGUUUGGCUGUCCUAGCUCAUGACAGUGGGCCAUGGUAUUUUGGACGAAGUGCUGUCUUUGUAUUGACAAGAGUAGGAGAGCCUAGACUCUUUGUAUAGUGGGUCACCUGAGCCAUGGUGAGUGCUGUGCUUACUAGGCAUGUAUAGCCCCCUUGAAAAUGCUGGGGUCACAGGGUAUCUCACUCAUCCGUCCAUAUUAUGUAUUCCGAUUAGCUGCUUUGUUCUGACCCCAUUUCAGCGUCUCAAAUGGCUUCAUGCUUCUCCUGUGGCAGUGAUCCAGGAGCCAAGUGCAGCAGCAGCAGUGUAAUCAGCUUUGAAAUGUAGCAAGAGAUGGGGAGGCAGUUGUGGGCUGAAUUCAUACACUUCUGCCUGUCUGAACUGGUCACAUCUGGUAUAUCCAGUUGUAGGCCGAAUCUGCGUGGCAGAGGUUAGGUCCUAAUUUGAUCUUGAGCAGAACCAGGAAUACUAAAAUCCCAAUAAAGACAGGACAGUCAUAUUUAGAAUUAAACAAAACAGAAAUGUACAGUAUCCCAGUCUAUAGUGCCAUUUAUACAACACUGUAAUAGCUCACUGGGGGAAAAAAACAAACAAGCAAAAGUCAGUAUUGUGCAAGUUAAACUACAUCGAUGAAACAAGUCUUAUACAUACAACCUCAUUCUGGUUAAAGGAGGACUAUCCAUGGUCAUCCUUGCUAAGAUGAGUCCAUCAGGACUUAUUCUACCUAAGGAGGAUGUGAUGGACCUUGCUUUGGCCAAACUGGGUGUAACUGGUCUCAUCCUGACUACAUAAUGUCCAAAUAGCACCUUUAAAGGUUAACUGGGUCAAGCUAGCCAAGUCUGGUUUAGCUGGUAUUUUACAGGCCUGUAUGUGACUAAACGUUCUAAGGACUAAACUAACUCUAAGGAACUUAUAACCUGAAAGUCUGACUGGCCGUUCUGUAGUAAAUCUAGAUACGGGUUUAUAUAACCUGUGCAAUACGGGUUUAACUGGCCAUGUCCUGUCUUGAGGUCCUUCAUAAAUUGGAACACACUGGCGUAACCCUAAAUAUGAUGGGUUUACAGGCACUUUGUAGCAAUGCUGAAUCGACAGUCAACCUGGCGUUGCCUAAAAUUAGUCCUCAUCUUGACUAAGCAAUCUGGGUCUUCAGCUUUAGCCCAGUUACCCAAAAACAUAUUAGGAGAUCUUAUGAACAAAAGAUACUUUAUUUAAUUUUAUCAAAGAGAAUUGUUUCUAAAUUUUAAGUGCAUAUCUCACUAAUUUGUAAAUUCAGCUUCAGACCCUUAGUGGCAUUUGCUGAAAGACCUGUGACAACCACAUUUGGCCAAGGAGUCGCUUGGAGGAAGUGUUCUAACUAAGCUAAAUUUGGACAUGAAAUUUAAAAGGCUAGAUUUAGCAGGGUACCCUGACUUAAACAAACGCAUCAGGGCAAAGGAUGUGUGUAGUAGAACAGUGUAGCAAAUAUUGGUCUGGCUAUGUAAAGGUCUCCCGGCCAAAGUCACAAGUAUUUGAGAGGGACAUAGCAAUUAGCAAUGGCAUCCCUGGAAUAUCUGGUCCAAGUCAAGAUGAGCUUAGUUCGAGUGCCCAGGGAAAGCUGUAAUCUUCAAAGUCAGGUUUAGCUAGCUGUUUUAUCUCUGGCUAGCAUCUCGGACGCCACCACUCUUAUUUAAAGUAAGAAGGCACCCAUGCCAGUUCCCCUCGCUUGUGAGCCUGGACGCAGUCCAUGUUCACAUUCACGAUCGAUGAGCCCCUGCUCCCAGGUGGAUAACAGAGAAAUGAGCAGAACAAGGAUUGGGGGGAGGCAUAUAAAGGAGGUCCUGCAGGCAGAAGAAGCUGGGCGCUGUGAUGGCCGCCACGCUGCUUUGUGUUGCUUAUUAGAGACAAAAAAUAAAUAAAUAAUAAUACAAAAAGAAAUGUGAAACACUGGAAGCAAUAUGGCGGCACGUUGCACUGUGUGUCUCUGAUGCCUCAGAGAAGGUUUACCGAAAUGCUGCUACUCUUAUGAGACAUAUCGGUCUUGCAAACCAGCAAGUUGGAAAAGAAAAUAUAUUUAAUAAUAACAAUAAUAAUAAUAAAGUUGUGCCAAAACAGAUUUCUGCAGCUUCUAAAGACAUACCUGCGUUGUAAAAUAAUGUGAAAGUGCCAAAUGAACAAUAUUUAUAAUUAAACUCUGCAGCUAUUGGACAAAAAAGACUUUGUAAACUACAGAAGAAUGCAGGAAGCUGGAGAGACGGAAAAAGCGAGAGCCUGGGCUGCUCGGCUCCGUCCCUCUGAUGUAGCCUGGCAUGCGUAGGGCGACGCACUUUUAGACUUUGGAACGUGUGUCUUGUGCAGCUCGCUGUUCUCUUUUUGCACGUCUGUAUUGCAUGUCGAGUGGGUGACAACCUGCAAGUGUCUCGUUAUCUUUGCAUGACAACGAAGGCAGAGCACUUUUAAUGACUUUUUGUGCCCUCUUCCCCCCCACCCUGCAUCAUUUCCUUCAAGGCCAAAACGAGCUUUCGAAGUCCAAGGUGUCGCCCGCCGCACCUGCGCUAGUGUCUCUCUUAGAAUUUGGGUGAUGGGGGAAGGGGUGGUAGAGCUUUGGCUGAGGUACACAUUAAUCCCCUCUCCCCACCACCACCACCACACGCACCACCACUCCCCCAUUCCUCCCUUCCCAUCCACUCAGGGACGCUUGAGCAGGGUUUCAUGUGGCUCUUUGAGGCAUCUGCUUGAUCCCGGUGUGUGUAGCCUGUGAGUCAGGUGCUGCCGAGAAAGUCUGAGAGUGUAUCGGCAAGUGCGCAAAGGAGUUCAGAUGCAUCUCCGUAGGAGGCCAGGCGGCUCAGCACUGCGCAGGUUCCCAUCCAGCACCAGCAAAGUCAGGCUGCAUCUGUCAUGUCACGUUUCUUUUGGCUGCUCUUCCUAACCCUGAGUGAUAUAACAAGCCGCCAUUCAUGUGUAUCUUGUUUACUCUCCUUGUGACGCCACCCUGCCUCACCACCACCCCCCCACCCCCUCCCCGCACAACCUUCCUUUCUCCUCUUCCUCCCAAGUGCCAAACUAAGCAGUACCAUUUCAGACUUUUUGAGUUCUAGUGUGUGUCGGACAUCCAUUGGAAGCACCCAUGAAGUCAGCAUGUUCUCCAUCACUCUGACUGAGACUCCCAGCUGGGGGGCAGGGGGGGGGUGCCGUCCUCUCCCACCACCGCUUUUUCUUUUCGGUGUCUUUUCAUUUCUUCAACCUUCAGGACCUCCAUUGAUUGUGAGCUGUAAAAUGUCAGGUGCAUCUCAGGCUGCACCCCAAUCUUCUCCAUUUUCUUUCCAUGGAAUGUGUCGUUUAGCCAAAAGCAGGCUGGGAGGAGAUCGGGCGCCCGCCAGGCAGCCAGUCCAGCCAGCUUGUCUUCUGAACUUUUGAACUUUUCACCCCCUCAUGAACUUUUCUCAGCCUUUCCACUUCUGUGUCCAUCAAACCCUGUUUGGAUUUUAACCUCCAUUCCAUAUCAAAGCUUCUUUGAGACUGUGCAAUUUUAAUUUACUUUUAUUUUACAUUGGGACAAUUCAGACAGAGAGAGAGAGACAGAUAUCUAUUUAAAAAAAAAGAGAUAAAGAGCCCACCAAACGGCCGACAGCUCCUGCCACCCUUUCAUUAUCUCCACUGUAAAUAUUUUCUGUUUUUGUUGAACUGUAAGAAGACGGUGUUAAAAAGAAAGGGGCCAGCAGCAUAAAAGGGAAGGCCCUGCAUUCCUUGACCCACCUAACUCCUAAGAUAUCCCCUCCACCCCGGGCUCAGGUCUGCAGUUGCUGGUACCUCCUGAGCUGUGGCACCCAGACUGGUGAGCGCUGGCAGUAGGGAGGUGGGAGGAGGAGGAGGGUUGGUGGUGGUGGGGAGGGGGGUAUGGGGUUUAAGGUGCAUAAGCCUGAAUUGCGCCUCUUCACCUGCAGCUCAGAGCUGCCGUGCCAAAAGGAGAGCCACUGGGUGGGAUGGCAGGUGCCUGAAGAGCCACUUCUUUUUAUGCGCCUGGCCCCACUCCGUGACCUAUUUAUUUUAACAUUAUAUAAUAUUAAUAAAGAAAAAAAGGGAAUGACUGGAAAGGUGAAUUCUUGUUUUUGGACCCACUUCAUUAACUUGAAUAUUUCAAUGUUUCUGUAGCCUGUGUUUGUAAAGUAACUUGUGUUUUUGACCUGUGAAUUCCCAGUGAAGUCGGCAUUUUAGUGCUAAUAUAUAAAUAUAUAUAUUAACUCAUUUUUUUUUAAAGUCAUUAUAAAUGUUCAUUACAGCA